GCGUUUCCGAUCACCAGAAGCCAUCAUCUCAUUCUUCUUCUUCAUCUCCUCCUCUCGAGAAACUAGGGUUCCUCAAAUCCCCCAAUUCCCCGGAAACGAUGUCGACCUUCAGCGGCGACGAAACCGCCCCCUUCUUCGGAUUCCUCGGAGCCGCCGCGGCCCUUGUCUUCUCCUGCAUGGGGGCGGCGUACGGGACGGCAAAGAGCGGCGUCGGGGUGGCAUCCAUGGGCGUGAUGCGGCCGGAGCUCGUGAUGAAGUCGAUCGUGCCUGUCGUCAUGGCUGGAGUGCUCGGGAUCUACGGUCUCAUUAUUGCGGUGAUCAUUAGCACCGGGAUCAACCCCAAGGCCAAGUCGUACUACCUAUUCGAUGGGUAUGCUCAUCUCUCUUCCGGGCUGGCCUGUGGCCUUGCAGGACUUUCGGCUGGGAUGGCGAUUGGCAUCGUGGGCGAUGCUGGAGUCAGGGCCAAUGCUCAGCAGCCAAAGCUCUUUGUGGGAAUGAUCCUUAUUCUCAUCUUUGCGGAAGCUCUUGCCCUCUACGGUCUCAUCGUUGGCAUCAUCCUUUCCUCUCGGGCUGGUCAAUCUCGAGCAGAGUAAGAUUGGACCAUACACUUUUAUGGAAAAUUACUGCAUAUUUUUGUCGACCUUUGUGAUCGUCACGUAAUUUAUUCCAGAACUUCCUACGGAUAAGAGUCAUUACAGGACUCACGCUAUAUCCUCAAUAAGUUGGCACUGUAAUCUUGUUGUACUGCAAGUUGUAGAUGACGGCAUACGCCACGCCGUGCCUCCAUUCCGUGAGGACUUUGAAGUAAAUUUAAAUGAUUUACGUUGCCUCCUUAUAGAUAAUUCAGCUGAUUUCAAGUUUAUUA